CAAGGAGUAAACUGGGCUAAAAAGACUCUCUUUCUCUAUCGCUCUCACUGGCUCACUCUUUCUCUCUCUUUCUCGCUCGAAUUUUCUCUGGUUCUGUCUAGCUCUGACUCUUUUUCUCUCUCAUGCAUCUCAAGCUAUGUGACAGGGUGCAAGUUUGUUUCUCCACUGAUGGCGUGCUCUGUAAAACGCUUCUCCAGCCCUGCUCGGUUUUCUCGAGCAAGUAUUGUCCCAGGGUCCAAACCUUUCCUGACGGACACAUUUUCCGAGGUCAGGAGGGUCCCUGGCAUUUCAGAAGAACAACUUCAAAGUAAGCUUGUAAUAGGCUUACCUGUCAGAACUGCAACUCAACAAGGACCAGGGAUUUCUGUGUUCGGGAUAUCUUCUAUUCAGGACAAGGUUGUGAAUCUUAGACUUUCCAAAACCUUUGUAAUGCCAAAGAUUCACAAAAUGUCCAACAUAACCACAAAAGUUGCCUGCAGGUCCCUAUCAAGAUUUGCCACCUUCACUCUUUCUCGUGCCCUUAGCACUGCAACUUCAGCAAAUGAGACUCCGACCCAGAAGCUCGAGCGCGUUGCAGACGAGCUCCUCGACCUUACAAAGAUCGAGAGGCACGACUACUCCAUCCUCUUCAGGCUGAAAAUGGGCCUCAAUCGGUACGGCCCAGCAGUCUCGGGGAUUGGCUCGGCAUCUUCGGAAUCUGGGCCUGCCUCCGCAGACUCCAAGGUCGUUGAGAAGACUGCAUUUGAUAUAAAGAUUGAGAAGUUUGACGCAGCGGCAAAGAUCAAAAUCAUAAAGGAGGUUAGGACUUUCACUGACCUGGGACUGAAGGAGGCUAAAGAAUUGGUGGAGAAGGCCCCUGUUGUGGUGAAGAAAGGCGUGACCAAAGAGGAGGCGGGGCCCAUUGUUGACAAGCUUAAGGAAUUGGGUGCUACUGUGAGAGAUGGAGUAGAUGGAGACAGAUGUCGUGAGGGGAUAGUGGAAAAUGACCUUGACUUGCAGGCCAGUGCUCUCAGUUUCGAAUCCCUAUGGCACUGUGCAGACACUGCGAAACAUCAUUGUCGUUAUGAUUUAGUAAACGCUUUUGGCCCGCAUAUACAAGGUUUUGACUCUAGCUCAGUGUUUGGAGUUACAAUAAUGAAAGUUAUUGGUUUGUGUGGAUUGGGGUUUAGCCGAUGCGGCACUAAGGGUUUAGCUGGUAUGGCGUUAUGGAUUUCUUCGGUUGCCGAAGAGGAUGUGGAGUAG